AUGUCGGCCAAAGCCCAGGAACACGAUAAGCCCGAGUCCGAGCCUCGCGUCUCUUCCUCAAGCAACAAUUCGCCUUUCAAGGAUGACGAGGCUGCUGUCGAACAGUCUACUUCCGUCCGUGGCCCGAGCUUGAUGGCCAAGAAGGAUCGAGUCAGUGCAGUUCGCGAUGCUGAUGCUUCGAGCGCGCACGAAGGCCAACAGGAAGGCGUGAGCCGUAUCGAAGCGCUCUACCGGGUCUUCCCUCGCAAUCAUCCCGUGGUCUGGUCUCUCUACGCGAGUCUGGCCGCGGUGACCAUCUGCUUUUCCCUGGAUCAGUCUACUACCGCUGCGUACCAGCUGUACGCCACCAACACGCUCGGUAACCAUGGAACGCUUUUCGGCAUCAUCGCUACGGUCGAAGCCAUUAUCAACGCUGUUUCCAAGCCUUUCAUCGCCAAGAUUUGCGACAUUUUCUCGCGACAGACGGCCUACCUUAUGGUCGCCAUCUUCUAUACGGUCGGCUUUGUCAUCUGCGCCGCUUCGCAGACUCCGGCUGCCUUUGCCGUUGGACGAAUCAUCACCGAGGUUGGCCAGGCAGGCUUCGAUCUGGUGACCGACAUUGUCGUUGCCGAUCUGAGCUCUCUGCAAUGGCGAGGCGUGGCCACCGCCUUGACUUCGUUCCCGUUCAUCUUCCUCCCCUACUGCGGCAGCAACAUCCAGGCGCGUCUCGCGCCGCCGGGCUACCCCGAGGGCUGGCGAUGGGGAUACGGCAUGUUUGCCAUCAUGGCGCCUGUCUGCGUCACUCCCAUCAUCUUGGUGCUCACGUAUUCGGAUCGCAAAGCACGCAAGGCGGGUGAGCUCUCGUUCGCUUCUAGUCGACUCGAAACCCAGCGUGCGCAGGAGCAGGGAACUCUGCAGGUGCGACGAGACUCGCUCAAGGACCGCUACGCCAACCUGAUCCGGCUUUGCAAGGAGAUGGACCUUAUUGGACUGUUCCUUCUGGCAAUGUCGUUUGCUCUCAUCCUGGUGCCCUUCAGUAUCUACAAGACGGCGGACAAGCAGUGGCGCAACCCUUCGAUCAUCGCCAUGUUUGUCUGCGGCGGUAUCAUUCUGGCCAUGUUCAUCGCUUGGGAAGUACUAUACGCCACUCAUCCGGUGAUGAACAAGCGAGUGUGGUACAAUCGCACUUUCCUGCUCGCCGUCACCAUCGACAUUUUUUACUUCAUGGGUGGCAACAUUCGAUCGGUCUACUAUGCCACCUAUGUCAACGUUGGAACCAAUCUGUCCAGCGUCAAUUGGGGCUAUGUUGCGAGUGCGCUGCCGACGUCUGCACUGUCUCUAUUCGGACUUCUUGCUGGCCUCUACCUGCGAUUCUUCCACCGAUACAAGAUGCUCCAGAUUUGCGGUCUGGUCAUUCGAAUUGUCGCCAUGGGCCUCUACCUGUACGGACGAGACCGCAAUCUCACGACCAUGGUGAUUGUAUGGGCGCAGAUCCUCAACUCGCUCGGCGGCGCCUGUUCGGUUGUGGGCACACGAGUGGCAUCGCAAGCUUCGGUUCCGCAUCAAGACCUGGCUUCCAUCAUUGCCCAGCUGGGCCUGUGGACUCGUCUUGGUGGUGCGAUCGGAUCUGCGAUUGCAGCCGGCAUCUGGACGGGCACGCUAGACGAUCACCUGGCUCAGACCGACCUGACGCCUGCACAGCAAAAGACGGUUUACGGAAGGCCCGCCAGUGCCAAAACCACGUUCAAGUGGGGAACGCCUCUUCGCAACCAGAUCAUCGCUGCGAUGAGCCAGACGAUGAAGCCUAUCCUGAUUGCUUCGCUGGUCCUCGCGUUCAUUCCUCUCUUCGCAGGCUUGGUUAUGCCGAAUUUCUACCUUGGUCGGACGCAGAACGCGGUAGACGGUACGGACAACUCGGGCCGCGUCAUCGAGUCGGCCGAGGAGAACCCCAACGCCAAAAUCAACAAGAAGAAGAGCAUCUUUGCUCGUUUCUCUUUUGGCAAAAAGUAG